AGUAGCUUCGCCACUCCCUUCAUCGAAUCCGAUUUCUCUCUCACGCGCCACCGCCUGCCACCGUAGGCACCACUGCGUCCAACCAAAUAGAUAAGCUCAGCCGCAAUUCGGAGAAUCCAAUGAACUCAACCACCCCGCCAGACAACCAUGCACCUCGGAAUUCCCAAUCAGAAGCGCAGCUGCUGCAAGCAGACGAGAACGAAUCCCGCCGAUUGCUGCCCCUAUCCGCCUCGCCGAAAUCCGACGCCGUUCCGAUCCAAUCCGAACUCGACGACGACGAGGAAGCGGCGUACGAUGCGCGGCAGAAGAUUCUGAUCUCCGAUUUCGAAUUGGAUACCCCCAAUUACUCGGGGGCCCCGCCGUUCUCGUGGAAGAAGCUGUGGAUGUUCACCGGUCCGGGGUUCCUCAUGAGCAUAGCGUUUCUAGAUCCCGGGAAUCUCGAGGGGGAUCUUCAGGCCGGCGCCAUUGCGGGAUACUCCCUGCUGUGGCUGCUGAUGUGGGCGACGGCGAUGGGGCUGCUGAUUCAGCUGCUGUCGGCGAGAUUAGGGGUUGCCACGGGGCAGCACUUGGCGGAGCUCUGCCGCGAUGAGUAUCCGGAUUGGGCGAGGAUUGUGCUGUGGUUCAUGGCGGAGGUGGCUCUGAUUGGGGCUGAUAUUCAGGAGGUGAUCGGAAGCGCCAUUGCUAUUCAGAUUUUGAGCCGAGGGUUUCUUCCUCUCUGGGCUGGUGUUCUAAUUACUGCUGCUGAUUGCUUUAUAUUUUUACUUCUUGAAAACUAUGGAGUGAGGAAGUUGGAAGCUGUGUUUGCAGUUCUUAUCUCAACUAUGGGCCUAUCAUUUGCUUGGAUGUUUGCUGAUGCUAAGCCAAGCAGAAAGGAGCUUAUAGUAGGUCUUUUGGUUCCACGGCUUAGUUCAAGAACUAUCCGGCAGGCUGUGGGAGUUGUGGGUUGUGUGAUAAUGCCUCACAAUGUGUUUUUGCACUCUGCUCUUGUACAAUCAAGGAAAAUUGACCCGGACAAGAAGGAUCAGGUCCAAGAGGCGCUCAACUAUUACUCUAUCGAGUCCUCAGCUGCCCUCUUCGUCUCCUUCUUGAUCAACUUAUGUGUGACAACCGUGUUUGCUAAGGGUUUCAGUGGAAGCAAACAGGCAGAAUAUAUAGGCCUAGUAAAUGCAGGACAGUAUCUAGAGGAGAAGUAUGGUGGUGGUCUUUUUCCAAUCCUCUACAUAUGGGGCAUUGGGUUAUUGGCAGCUGGGACGAGUAGUACAAUAACUGGGACAUAUGCUGGACAAUUCAUAAUGGGAGGUUUUCUCAAUCUCCGUCUAAAGAAGUCACUAAGGGCCUUGAUCACUCGAAGUUGUGCUAUUGUACCAACUAUAAUAGUGGCAUUGGUUUUUAACAAAUCAGAAUCAUCCCUAGAUAUACUGAAUGAGUGGCUCAACGUGCUACAGUCUAUACAGAUACCCUUUGCCCUUAUCCCUCUUCUCACCUUGGUGUCGAAGGAACAACUUAUGGGAGCAUUCAAGAUUGGACCUUUACUUGGGAGGGCCGCGUGGACGGUGGCUGGGCUAGUGAUGGUGAUCAAUGGAUACCUUUUGCUCCACUUUUUCCUCUCCGAAGUCGAUGGUUUGUUGAUUGGAUCCCUCGUCUCCACUGGCACUGCAGCGUACAUUGCUUUCGUGGUAUAUCUCAUUUCACGUAGCGACUGUGAGCUAUCUAACUGGCUAAGCCGAUUCAUUCCCAAUACAUCUGCUUGUUGUGGUAAUUAACUGAGCCAAUACUUCUUUACUACUUUCGGGUUCUGGGAAUUUGUCUGAGUGGAACCAACAUCGAGGGGGUUCUUCCACAAGACGGUGUUUCUCUAACACGGUCCAGAUUUGGUCGAUCCCAAAUGCUGACGUUUUGCACCUCCGAAAUGUAUAUGAACAUUGAAAUAAUUUAGAGCAGAACAAAGUGAUGUUUUUCUGUUGAUCCAUCUAAAGAGAGAAUAGGAAAAAAAAGGCGUAUUUGUAUAUGCUGCAGCUAACGGUAGAUCAAUCAUGUUGUAAUCAUAAAUUCACCAAUAUUCAUUUGUACUUUAAUAAUCUUGCAGAG